GGCAAGCUGGGGAGAAUUGGACCUCCAGGCUGCAAGGGAGACCCUGGUGACAAGGGCCCUGAUGGCUACCCAGGAGAUGCAGGAGACCAAGGCGAAAGAGGAGAUGAAGGCAUAAAGGGAGAUCCUGGCCGACCUGGACGCAGUGGACCCCUGGGACCUCCAGGAGAAAAAGGAAGCCCGGGACUUCCAGGCAACCCUGGAGCUCAAGGGCCUGCUGGAGGCAAGGGAAGAAGAGGUGAAACGGGACCUCCUGGACCCAAAGGAGAACCUGGUCGACGUGGAGAUCCAGGGACAAAAGGCAGCAAAGGCACUCCUGGGGCCAAAGGAGAAAGGGGAGAUCCUGGUCCAGAGGGUCCUCGUGGCCUGCCUGGUGAGGUUGGAAGCAAAGGAGCAAGGGGAGACCAAGGAAUACCAGGACCCCGAGGCCCUUCAGGUGCUGUGGGAGAGCCAGGCAAGAUAGGAUCACGUGGGGACCCUGGUGACUUGGGCCCAAGAGGUGAUGCUGGACCACCAGGACCAAAGGGUGACAGAGGCAGACCUGGCUUUAGCUACCCUGGACCCAGAGGACCACAGGGUGACAAGGGUGAGAAGGGACAGCCAGGGCCCAAGGGAGGAAGAGGUGAACCUGGACCAAAAGGAGUGCAAGGGACCAAAGGAGAGAAGGGGGAACCGGGUGAUCCUGGCCCAGGAGGGGAGCCUGGACCCCGUGGUCCAACUGGUGAAGCAGGCCCUGAGGGGACCCCUGGACCACCAGGAGAUCCUGGCCUGACUGACUGUGACGUGAUGACCUACGUGCGAGAGACCUGCGGGUGCUGUGACUGUGAGAAGCGCUGCGGUGCCCUGGACAUCAUGUUCGUCAUAGACAGCUCAGAGAGCAUUGGCUACACCAACUUCACCCUGGAGAAAAAUUUCGUUGUCAACGUGGUCAGCCGCCUGGGCUCUAUCGCCAAGGACCCCAAGUCACAGACAGGUGCCCGUGUUGGGGUGGUGCAGUACAGUCACGAGGGGACCUUUGAAGCCAUCAAACUUGAUGAUGAGCGCAUUGAUUCACUGUCCAGCUUCAAGGAAGCAGUGAAGCGCCUGGAGUGGAUCGCUGGAGGCACCUGGACACCAUCUGCCCUUCAGUUUGCCUACAACAAGCUCAUCAAGGAAAGCAGGCGAGAGAAAGCCCAAGUGUUUGCUGUGGUGAUCACGGAUGGGCGCUACGACCCCCGGGAUGAUGACAAGAACCUAGGUGCUCUUUGUGGUAGAGAUGUUGUCGUCAACACCAUUGGCAUUGGAGACAUGUUUGAUCAGCCAGAGCAGAGCGAGACCCUGGUCUCCAUUGCUUGCAAUGAACCCCAGCGAGUCCAGAAGAUGAGGCUCUUCUCAGACCUGGUGGCAGAGGAAUUCAUUGACAAGAUGGAGGACGUGCUCUGCCCAGAUCCACAGAUUGUCUGCCCUGAGCUGCCCUGCCAGACAGAGCUCGCAGUGGCCCAGUGCACACAGCGCCCUGUUGACGUCGUCUUCUUGCUCGAUGGCUCUGAAAGGAUCGGGGAGCAGAAUUUCCACAGGGCCCACCACUUUGUGGAGGAGGUGGCCCGACAGCUCACGCUGGCCAGGAGCAACAGCGACAACAUGAAUGCCCGGAUUGCCCUGCUGCAGUACGGCAGUGAGAGGGACCAGGUUGUGGUCUUCCCACUCACCUACAACCUGACGGAAAUCUCCAACGCCCUGGCACAGAUCAAGUACCUGGACUCAUCCUCCAACAUUGGGUCAGCCAUCAUCCAUGCCAUCAACAACAUCGUGCUCAGCCCAGGAGAUGGGCAGCGACUCGCCCGGCGCAAUGCUGAGCUCUCCUUCGUCUUCAUCACCGAUGGCAUCACAGGAAGCAAGAACCUCGAGGAGGCCAUCAACUCCAUGAAGAAGCAAGAUGUCAUGCCCACGGUAGUGGCUCUUGGGAGUGAUGUAGAUAUGGAUGUCCGGCUGAAGCUUGGCCUCGGGGACCGGGCAGCCAUCUUCCGGGAGAAGGACUAUGACAGCCUCUCCCAACCCAGCUUCUUUGACAGGUUCGUUAGGUGGAUAUGUUAAAUGAAGGGAGUGCACAUGUCCUCCUCUCACCAAUAUACACACCCCUGAUAUUACCUCUUUCAUUUUCUUCCCCUGUAUGGUUGCUAGCAACUCUGAGCUGGCCCAGAACAGCUGCCCUCUGGGUCCUCUUUUCUAGCCAAAAGCCAGAGCUCUUUUUUUGAUUUUCAUGAUGAGAAGACAUGUAUCUUACAUCUAUGGUGCUAAUUAAAACCGAGAUCAAAGCAGGAUACAGAGCCAUACAACGUACUUCUGUAAAGCUUUGCACACACCAAGCCAUGACUUGUGUACGUACUGUAAUCCCAGGAGGGCUUAUCAGAGAAGUGAGAAACCUUCCCAGUCUAGCAGGACAAAUGAUCAUCUCUAGUUUUCAAAAACUCUCAAUAUCCCUCAGUGUCCUGUGAGGAGCUUUACGGUUGUGACAUCUCCUGUUCUUUAGCAAACCCUUUUACAGAUUAUCUCACCUUUUUUUUGUUGUUCUCUCAGUACUUCUGCCCUGAGAGGACCACAUGAGUUUAUGACACCUCACAUGCUGCUUGAAAUGGUCAGCAACUUGCUUUCCUUUUGCAUGGCCCUGGGUGGUUUGCUCCUCUUUCCCAGGAGCAAUGGGACGGUGAGAGGUUUUGCUGCCUUCUACAGUUGUCUGUAGAUGCUCUGUUUGGGGCUCUACUUAUCCUAAAUUUCACGGAUCAUCUUUAAGAUCUUUAUUUUCCUGUGGGCCAUAUCUCUCCCUUGCUUCCUUCUGCCAUUCUGAUCUUCCUCAGAACCUGUUCAUUUAUUAUUGCACCCAAAAUCUUGUCUGAGAGGGGCAACAUGCCUCCCAGCAUCUCACAAAACACUGGGCAGCUGCCAAAGCUGCUGUCAUCCCAAUGUGCUCAGAGUAACCAUGGUGCCUUCAUCCCACUGGUAUCUGCUGAGCAAUGCCCAGAUUUGGACUUGAAUUGUGCUGGCUGUAAAAAUAAACAAGCUCUUUUCACCCUAU